GGCUGGGUUUGUGACUAUACUGAGUCCAGCCGCCUGGAGGCGCUCGAGACGCUCUGCUUCACUCUGCAGCGCUCGUGAGGAUCACUCGGUGUGCGCAUGCGCGAGAGACUGAGCGCUGAACGGUGAGGAAAUUCAUGUUCAGUGAAGCUCCAAUCAAACAAACAUUCAGCAAUUCAGCAAUAAAUGCUGGAAUAUUCCCAUCAGUUUACGAGUGAAGACGAGCAUCAGAGCAUCAGGAAGAGCUGAAAUCUGCAGAGACUGAGUUUAUUAAAGAGGACAGAGAGAAGAUGAGAGAUCCAGAACCCUGCAGAAUCAAACACACUGAAGAUACUGAACAACAAACAGAGUUGAUUGAAGACGAGGAGAAAGAAGAAUUGAGUGAAGUUGAGGAGAAAAAUCAUGUCAAAAAUGGAGAAAAACCCAAACAGAAAGAUUUAAAGAAAAGAAGAGCCAAGAAAUCUUUCACCUGCACUCAGUGUGGAAAGAGUUGUACAUACAAAUCUGAUCUUGAUGUUCACAUGAGAGUUCACACUGGAGAGAAACCAUUCACUUGUGAUCAGUGCGGGAAGAGUUUCACAUACUCAUCAACCCUUAAGCAUCACAUGAACAUCCACACUAGAGAGAAACUGUACACAUGUGAUCAAUGUGACAAAACAUUUUUGAGAGCUUCACACCUGAAGAAACACCUGAGAGUUCAUACAAAGGAGAAGCCACAUUCAUGUCUUUUGUGUGAAAAGAGUUUUUCGCUGCCAGAACAUCUAAAAGUGCAUCAGAAAAUACACACUGGUGUGAGAGACUACAUGUGCUUUGAGUGUGAAAAGACUUUUACUAGAGCGAGCAGUUUAAAACUGCAUGAGAUGAUUCACACUGGAGAGAAACCGUACACUUGUGAUCAGUGCGGAAAGAGUUUCGGACGAUCAUCGAGCCUUAAGGAGCACAUGAACAUCCACACUAGAGAGAAACCAUUCACUUGUGAUCAGUGCGGGAAGAGUUUCACACAAUCAUCAACCCUUAAGGAGCACAUGAACAUCCACACUAGAGAGAAACUGUACACAUGUGAUCAGUGCGGGAAAACAUUUUUGAGAGCUUCAGACCUGAAGAAUCACCUGAGAGUUCAUACAAAGGAGAAGCCACAUUCAUGUCAUUUGUGUGGAAAGAGUUUUUUGCAUCCAGAACAUUUGAAAGAACAUCAGAAAAUACAUACUGAUGUGAGAGAGUACAUGUGCUUUGAGUGUGAAAAGACUUUUACAUACAAACCUCAUCUUGAUGUUCACAUGAGAGUUCACACUGGAGAGAAACCGUACAAGUGUUCACACUGUGACAAGAGAUUCAGUCAGUCAGCAAAUCUGAAAAACCAUGAGAUGAUCCACACUGGAGAGAAACCUUACACAUGUGAUCAGUGCGGGAAGAGUUUCAGACUAAAAGGAGACCUUACGACACAUAUGAGAGUUCAUACAGGAGAGAAACCGUUCACUUGUGAUCAGUGCGGGAAGAGUUUCUCACGAUCAGCACAUCUUAAGGUACACAUGAACAUCCACACUAGAGAGAAACUGUACACAUGUGAUCAAUGCGGGAAAAGAUUUUUGUGGGCUUUAGUCUUGAAGAAACACCUGAGAGUUCAUACCAAGGAGAAGCCACAUUCAUGUCAUUUGUGUGGAAAGAGUUUUUCACAUCUACAAAGUUUGAAAUUACAUCAGAAAAAACAUACUGGUGUGAGAGAAUACAUGUGCUUUGAGUGUGAAAAGACUUUCACUACAGCGAGCUGUUUAAAACUGCAUGAGAGGAUUCACACUGGAGAGAAACCGUAUCACUGCACUGUAUGUGGGAAGUGUUUCAGUCGUUUAUCUGCUCUACACACACACACACAAAGAUAUCACAGUAAGUAGAUCAUCUACAGAUCCAGCACCUUCAGGUCUGAGGCCGCGUCCUCAUCAAUUGUGACACAAUAAUGCAUCAAGCAAUAAAAUAUCAUCUGGAUCAAUCUGUUCUAACCAGACAUUACAAGCGACGUGACAAAGAAACAUUAUCUAAGGUUUUCACAGUGAAUAAAGUUAAUCUUCAUCUUCAAAACCAGCAGAUUCAGCUGAGAUUCAGAUAAACUCAAAGAUGGAGUUCCUCCCCAAAGAACAAUGCCAAGAAGUUCAAGCAUUUUGCUUCAUAAUAUAAAUUAUAUCAUUGUGCUUUCUUAUGGGUUACAUAUUAUGUUCAGUUGUUUCAUAUUAUGUUAAGUAUGUUUAAUAAGCAGGAUUGUAAGAAUAGUAACGCCAUUAAAACCUUACCGAUACCCAUCUAUACUUGUAAAUCAGUAGGAGAGAGAUCCAGCUCAUUAGUUCAGAAGGGGUUCAGUGAAAAAUCGGCAGCUGAACCGAAAUUCGAAUUCAAAUAAAUGAGUAUAUCAGUUUAUAACAAAUGUUAAUACUUAUUUAAAUAAGUAUAUAUUAUUCAGUAUUGUGUGUUAUUUGAUUAAAAGUUUUAUCGAGGUCAAAAAUAAAAUUCCAACUGAAUAGUAUAAAUAUCAAUGUUUGUGUUACAUAAAGGAUAUACACUAACACACAUAGAGAGAGAUGCUUAUGUAUUCAUAGUGCAUGUUUAAUUUGUAUUAUACAUAACAUACUCAAACAUUCAGUAAACUUAUAAUAAUGAAAGACCUGUGUAAAUGACAACAGAACAUGGGCUCAUUAAUGACCUUUAUUUAAAAUCAUAUUUUGCUGUGUUAUGAAAGUUCAGUUUUACAGUUGUUGUAUUUCAAGAAACAACAUUGUUUUGUUCUUGUUUGAUAAAGUAGCCUUUAAAUUCGUAACAAUCUUGGUAUUUAGUAAAAGUCAGUGCUGUACAAUGUAAACAGUAUCAAAAGCA